AGGCUGAAUCAAAAUAGCACAAACAACUAUUCUCCAUUCUCCAAUGAUGCCAAUUCUCUUCUUCCCUUUUCUUCUUCUCUCAGCUAUUUUCGCUCAACAGCGGCAAUCCCAUGUAAAGCCAGGCUCUUUCUUGACGCCAACCACCAACUCUUCUUGGCCAUCUCCUUCCGGUCUAUAUGCCUUUGGAUUCUACAAGCAAGGCAACGAUUAUGCUGUCGGCAUUUUUCUUGCCGGUCUUCCCCAGAAGACAGUCGUUUGGACAGCCAACCGAGACAUACCUCCAGUUCCCUCUGAUUCUAAACUGAAUUUCACAAGUGAUGGACGCCUGGUUCUUCAAUCGGCACAAGGCGCAGAGACAAGCCUCGCCAGUUUUCCGGAAGAUGCAAGCUCACUGUCGAUGCUUGACACGGGCAACUUUGUUCUCCUUAAUUCUGCAAAUCAGAUGGUAUGGCAGAGUUUCGACUUUCCAACGGACACCUUUUUGCCAACUCAGAAACUUUUCCAUGGGCAAGUGUUGUAUUCCAGUAUUUCAGAAACCAACAAGUCAACCGGCUUAUUUCGGGUGUUGAUGCAAGAAGAUGGAUGGCUGGCGAUGUACCCAGUUGGAACUCCAUACACGCUUGAAUAUGGUUAUUGGGGAGGUGGUAUAAGUGGGCAAAGAAAUGACGUGGUUCUGCAUCUUGAAGUCAAUGGUCAUCUCUAUUUGAUCAAUGGCGCUGGCACUAUUAUAGUGAAUAUGACAGACGGAUAUCCUGCAAAAGAUGUGGUCUACCGAUUGACAAUUGACCCCGAUGGGAUCUUGCGGCUAUACUCCCACGAUAUGAAUCGGAAUCAAAAUUGGACGGUCAAAUGGUUUGCUCCAAAUGAUGACGCGUGUAAGCCAAAGGGUCUAUGUGGGCUUAAUGCAUAUUGUCUUUUAGUUGAUCUACAAGUUGGUUGCAAAUGUCUUCCUCAAUUUGAACCGGUUAACAAGGACGAUAGGAGUUCAGGGUGUCAAAGGAAUUUCACUAUGGAGAGUUGCAAAAGUGACAGAUAUGCCAUGAAAGCAGUGCUGAAUACCGUAUGGGAAAAUAAUAGUUAUUCUGUUAUCACAUCGACAACCCAAGAGAAUUGCGGAGAAGCAUGUUUGCGGGAGUGCAACUGUGAAGCUGCGUUGUUCAAAGACGGGGUGUGCACAAAACAAAAGCUUCCUUUGCGGUUUGGGAGAAGAGAUCAAAAAGACUCAACCGUAACCCUUAUCAAGGUAGGUACAUCUACAAAACGUUAAAUUAGGAUUAUGGCAAAUGUAAUGAGAUGUGUGGUGGAGGACUAUAUUGCAUGCGUAAGCCUUAGGAGUUUAUCUCCAUAUGUUUAGUUUAUAGGAAUAAUCCUCAUUGGAAUUGAUUUCCACGUGAAUGAGUCAUUGUAGGAGUUGAAUACCAAGUCAUAGAACUCAACUCCAAGUAAGUUUAGUUCCUCUAUUUAAAGAGGUGAACGUUUAAUAAAAAUGGCAUGCAAAUUAUAU